AUUUGACUCGAUGAACACAGAUCAUUUUAAGAAAUUGCUGAUUAUGUUGAUCCAUCAACGAUCUUGUAUAAAUGUAUAUGUAGAAUAAUCAAAAUACCAGCAUAAGUCUUACGAGUUAUUAUAAUCAAUCCAGUUAAAGUAAAAAGAAUUCAGCUGGUUGGAAGAUAUUAGCUAUUUUUCGUUUUCUACAAAACAGGAAAUCACUCUCUGCGCGUGAAGAACUUCUACGUGAAGUGUUUACCGUAGAAAUUUGAACAGUGGUGAAAUUCUUCAGUCCAUAUUUAGUGGGUUUUCUGUUAUGGAAACUUGCGUACUGAUACCGAAAGAGUUCUCGUUAGUUCUUGCCAGUGAUCAAUCUGCAUGUAAAAAUGUUUAUAAAAAUGAUUCGGACUCGUUUGUCACAAAUCUACGAAUAUCGGUGUGGUCUAAUGUCUUCAUUCCAUUGGGCACACUUAUCUAUCCGUUUCAGGGAUCAAUUAGAUUCGAUAAGAUUGAUCUGUACUCUCUUCUCGAUGACAACGACAUCAGACGCGAGUACGGUUGCUAUGACGAAGUCUUUUCGAACUACAAUCUUAACAAGCGUCAGUGUAACUGGAUAAGGUUUCUUCAUAUCAUUCAAGCAGAUGACGAACAAGUUAAUCUUAUUGGGACGAAGGUAAAGGGUGAGCCGAUCUUUGAAGUUAUCAAAGAUGUUCAGCCAGAUACUGAAUUAGUAGCUUGGUUCCCACCAGUAACAUAUCCAGAUUUUAUUUUUAUUUCUCACGAUAUGUGUAUGAGAUCUGCACUUUACAGAUGUUUGAUCGAUAGUAUCGUAGAUGAAUCACCUUUGGAUCUAUCCAUGGCUUUACUUUCUCAACAUAUAUCACCAUCGAUACAGCACUCUUAUUAUGAACCUGAUGAAUAUGAAUCAACGUCCGAGGAAUCAUCAUCAUCUACACUAUCAUUAGUUGGUGAUCAUCUUGAUUGUAGUAUUUUAACUACUAUAAAGAGAGGUGACAAAGUACUUCUGCCAUGCGAAGUAUGCGGUAAAUCUUUCGAUCGUCCAUCACUCUUAAAAAGGCACACUAGAACGCAUACCGGAGAGAAACCACACGUUUGUAUGGUAUGCAGUAAAGGUUUCUCGACAUCGAGUUCUCUAAAUACACACAAGCGUAUUCAUAGCGGUGAAAAACCUCAUCAAUGUCUCGUAUGUGGCAAAAAAUUUACGGCAUCUUCGAAUCUUUAUUAUCAUAGGAUGACUCACAUCAAGGAGAAACCGCACAAAUGUUUGCAAUGCUCUAAAUCAUUCCCAACGCCUGGAGAUUUGAAGAGUCACAUGUACGUUCAUAACGGAUUAUGGCCAUUUAGGUGUCAAAUUUGUAAUCGUGGAUUUAGUAAACCAACGAAUCUAAAGAAUCAUAUGUUAUUGCAUCUUGGAAGAUGUUCGAAUAAAAAAUUCAUUGAAUCGAUUCCAGACUUGUGACUUUUUAUGACAGUAUAUUAGUCACUAGUCGCAUAGUGAAAAGGUAAUGAAUAUUUUAUUAACGUAGCCUGUACAUUUAUAUUAUUUAUAUUAAUUAUAUUUGAUCUCCGCUGCAUAUGCAUUUCUCAAACAUUAUCAACAAUU